AUGGCCACCCUCAUCUGGCUGACCCUUCUGGGGUUAACCCUCCACGUCCAAGCCAAAGACGUCUUCGCGCACUUCAUACUGGACAACGGCGCCAACUUCUCCCAAAAACACUGGCAACAAGACUUCCUCACCGCACAAGCGGCCUCCAUCGACGCCUUCGCCCUCAACACCGGCUACGGCCCCUCCAACACCUACACCCUCCUCAACGACGCCUUCACCGUCGCCGCCACCCUCAACUUCAAACUCUUCCUCUCCCUCGACUACUCCGGUGACGGCCACUGGCCCCCGGACCAAGUGAUUAAAAUCCUCCAGAACUAUUCCUCCCACCCCGCGUACUACAAAAUCCCGGGGACGAAUAAAUCCCUCGUCUCCACCUUCGAAGGCUACGAAUCCCUCAACGACUGGACAAAUAUUAAACAGAAACUCCCCGAUCUCUUCCUCGUUCCGGAUUGGUCCGCGCAGUCCCCGUCCUCGCUUGUGCAAGACGAUGUCGUCGACGGGUUACUCUCCUGGGAUGCAUGGCCGUAUGGCUCCGAACCAAUGAACACGUCCUCCGACGAGAAAUACAUCUCCCCCCUGAAGAGCAAAAAUAAACCCUAUAUCAUGCCCGUCUCACCCUGGUUCUACACCGACAUGGUCCGAUACCAGAAGAACUGGGUCUGGCAAGGCGACGGCUUAUGGUAUACGCGCUGGAACGAGGUAUUGGAAUUAGAGCCGGAGUUUUUGGAGAUCCUGACGUGGAAUGAUUUCGGGGAGAGUCAUUAUAUUGGGCCCCUGCAUGAGAAUGAAUUGGGGAUUUUUAGUUAUGGGCAGGCGCCGUUUAAUUAUGCUGAGGGGAUGCCGCAUGAUGGGUGGAGGGAGUUUUUGCCGUUUCUGGUGGGGGAGUAUAAGAAUGGGUCCGGGCAGGGGAGGAUUCAGAGUGAGGGGGUUGUGGUUUGGUAUCGGUUGACUCCCGCGUGGGCGUGUCAGGCGGGGUUGACCACGGGGAAUGCAGUGAGUCAGGGGCAGCGGACGUUGCCGCCGGGAGAGGUGUUGACGGAUACGGUGUUUUUUGAGGCCCUGUUGGAGAGUAAUGCCCAGGUGGAGGUGAGUAUUGGGGGGAAGAAUCAGAGUGUGGAUUGGAGUGCCACCCCGGAUGGGGGGAGGGGGAUAUACUAUGGGAAUCUGCCCAUGGAUAAUCGCACCGGGGAGGUGGUGGUCACCCUGUCGAGGAAUGGACGGUUGGUGGCUCAGAUGAAUGGGGAGAGCAUCACGACUAAUUGUCCGAAUAAGUUGACGAAUUGGAAUGCGUGGGUGGGCAGUGCCAUGUCGAAUAGCUCGAAUGCCAGCGCGUCCAAGGCGUCCGUGUCGGAGAACGCAGGGGCUGCCACGGGGGGCAGCUUAGGCUGGUUCGGAUGGUUGCCGGGGUUGGUCUGGCUG